AUGGACUGGCCAGAACCCCUCGUGGGCCUUUUUGGUAAGUUCAGACUCAUCAACACCCAUCUUACUUUCCUAUCAUCGUUCUCUCGACACACAAUCCCCACUUUCGACCAUCUUCAAAAGUUGAAUAAUGACAUCUCCAUGCUAGAUCUAGCCAUGAUCAAGUUCCUACUACCGCCUGGAGACGUGUCUUUUGAGUAUGUAGACGAAAACCAGGUCAUGCUUAAUGAAAAAGUGCGCUUCUCCUGGGACAGAGGCUACUCACAGAACCAGCCCAAGACGGUAGAUGAUGCGUAUGAGGCAAUCAAUCGCCAGGAAGAGCCAAAACACGAAAAACAGCUUCUAAUCUUUGAAUUCACUGACAUCAGAACACAAGGUAUUGGAGCAAUCAUCAAAGGAAAGGAUGUGGACAAUAGAAAACGCCAGAAAAGAGAAAUGAAAGAUAAUCUGUUCAACACAGACUACCCGGAGUUCUUCCUGGAAACGACUAAGCUUACAAUGGAUCAAUUGACCCAAGAACAACUCCAAGCUAUCAUAAAAGGACGAAAUAACACAUUUACAGCCUGUGUGGAAAAGUUUCUUCUGGAUUUUACGCAAGAAGAUAUCGAUGAAGGCGUGCCUUUCAAGACCUUAGUGGAAAGCACUGUGAAAACCGUUCCAGAGCCUUCCCAUUUGAGUGACCCCGUGGAUAUGAUGGCUGUCCGACAAUCUGAUUCCGUGCUGACAGCUGACAAACCAGAAAUGGAGGAGAUGAUGAAUGUUCUCAAAGAAAAACCCCUCUUCCGAGACCAGAUUCUGGUUUCAGCUACUCUCACGGCACCAAGACCAGCCAAACUCGAAUUAUUGGAUCAUAAUCUCAUACAUCCUGAUUUGGUGGAGGCUCUUUGGCAAUUUAAGGGUAUUGAUGCCGUCGACGGGGGCCUAUAUCUGCACCAAGCGCAAGCAUUGAGAGCCAUCACGGAUCAUAAGAAGCAUGUCAUUGUCAGUACAUCUACCAGUUCGGGAAAGUCGCUCAUUUAUCAGAUCCCCAUCUUGAACGAUAUUUUGAAUGAUAUUGAUGCGGGAAUCAAUGGCAAGUGCCGUACAGCUACGGCCAUGUUCAUCUUCCCUACCAAGGCAUUGGCACAAGACCAGAAGAGACAUUUGACGGAGCUCAUCAGUCAUUUGCCUACUAAGAAUCGAAAAAUCACUGUUGACACUUACGACGGAGAUACAGCCUCAAAAGAUCGUGGACGUAUUCGAAAUCAUGCUGAUAUCAUUUUUACCAAUCCUGAUGCUAUCCACGCUGCCAUUCUUCCAAACCACAACAUGGAUACCUCUCUUGAACCAAGGGGAUGGGAAGAGUUCUUGAGAAACCUCAAGUAUGUUGUGAUGGACGAAUUGCAUGUUUACAAGGGUACUUUUGGAGUCCAUGUAAGCUAUGUGAUGACUCGUCUCAACCGAUUGAUCAGUCUAUUGACAUACGACACGAUUCCUCUUUACAUCUCAUGUUCUGCCACUAUCAAGAAUCCGGAGUCUCAUUUCCGUACUGUCUGUGCCAUUCCAGAUUCGGGUGUGGUUGAGCAUAUCCAUGAAGAUGGGAGUCCUAGCACUGAAAAGAAAUUGGUGGUUUGGGAGCCUCCAGUGCUCAUGAAUAAGAAGGGUCAAAGAGAUAUCCCUCAGAAGAAAUUGGCGCUGGCAACAUCAGUAGAAACAACAAUCAAAUCACCUUACCUUCCCCGAGAGAGCAUUAUCGGAGAGCUGGCGAAGAUUUUGGUACAUUUGCUUUGCAAAUUACCAUCAAUCAAGGUCAUUGUUUUUUGUCCAAUUCGACAAGUCUGCGAGCUCCUAAUAAAAGAGGUUCGUUCAUUGAUUGCGUCCCACGAUCACCCAGAAUGGACAGGAUUACAUGAGCAUGACGUUAUGUCAUACCGAGGAGGGUAUUCGAAAUCAGAUCGUAGGGCAAUUGAGAGCAAGAUGUUCAAUGGCCAGUUACGAGCCAUUGUGGCAACCAAUGCGUUGGAGUUAGGAAUAGAUUUGUCUGAUUUGGAUGUGGUGAUCUCAUGUGGUUUUCCAGGUCUGAAACUGAAUUUGCAUCAGCAAUUUGGCAGAGCUGGCCGUGGAAAAAGUUCCAAAGGAAGCUUGGCCAUUUUGGUUUGUGGAGGAAAUCCCGUGGAUCGGUUUUACCUCAAGAAUCCCCAUGAACUCUGUGAUAAAAACUCCUAUGAAGAUUUAUGUGUGGAAGGGAUCUUAGACGGAAGUCUGAACCAAUUGGUAAUGUCCAUGCACUUGCAAUGUGCUGCUUUUGAGUGGCCCAUCGACUUGGAAAAGGAUCAAAAGUGGUUCUCCCCUCACGGGUUGCCAAAGAUGAACGCUGCAUUCGAAACGUUGUGUAAAGAAAAGUUGAACAUGGAUAAUAGAGGCACUUACAGAACCGACCCAAGGUAUCUUCCGUGGCCCUCGGAAAAGAUUUCAUUACGUGCUAUCGAGCUGACAAACUAUGCGGUGGUUGACAUAACCAAUAACAGAAACAUCGUCAUUGAAGAAGUGGAAGAGCUGAGGACAAGCUUCACCUUGUAUGAGGGAGGUAUUUUCUUACACCAGGGAUUGCCUUAUCUCGUGAAGGAAUUCAAUCCAGACGAAAAAUAUGCCAAGGUUGAAAGAGUGAAGGUGACAUGGAUCACUCAACAACGAGAUUUUUCUGAUGUCGACCCAAUUGAGAUCGAAUUGGUAAAGAGGCUUCAGCCUCCUAACUUCGAAAGGCCAUCAGACAUUCCAGUAUUUUUCGGGAAAAUUCAAACAACCAUAAUUGUUUUUGGCUAUUUUAAAGUGAGCAGGAAACUGGAGAUUUUGGAAGCAGUUGAAGUGAAAAAUCCGCCUGUGAUCUUGAAGUCGAAAGGUCUCUGGCUAGAUAUCCCCACUUCCGCUAUUAGGGCCAUCCAAGAGAAAAAGUUAAGCCCUGCUGGCGGAAUUCAUGCCGCUCAACAUGCUAUCAUGAAUGUUCUACCUAUUUUCAUUACUGGAGGUGCAACAACUAACCCUAACGUUCGCUACACUUCAAAUUUAGGAGACGCUGAGUUGGCCACAGAAUGCAAGGCUCCAGAGAAAGAAUUUGCCCAAAGGCAAUCCAAGCGCAAACGACCAGCUCGUCUCAUAUUUUAUGAUGCUAAAGGUGGAGCGAGAGGAACAGGUAUAUCUGCAAAAACGUUCGAGUUUAUUGAUGAUAUUGUCUAUACCACUUACCAAAGAGUAUUAGGGUGUGAAUGCGAGUGGGGAUGUCCCCUGUGUGUUUCUGGAUCAUUCUGCAAGGAGAAUAUGCUAGUGAUGUCCAAACCGGCAGCGAUCAUUAUUUUGGGGACUCUCCUUGGCUAUCCAGUUGAAGAAUUGAAAGAACAAGUUCUCGAUGGACCUGAGGAGAACAUGCCUCCAUUGAAGGUUGAAACCAUUACAGAGGAGGGUCGGACAGUCAAGUUCGCUCCUGAUGUCGAAAUUGUGGAGGUCAGAAAAGCUACUUUCCCAGUUUCAAACAUCAAGAAAGAAGACACAUCUGAUUAA